AAUGACUUCCACCCCCCAUUGAAGGCAAUGUAACAGCCUCAUUCAUUGGGAUGCUGGAUGAUGUAAUCGGCUGCCGGUGAUUCCACCCAUUCCACUCCUUUCAAGCGCAGCGACUCCAAACACAGUCCCGUAUUCCCAUUCAGGGCCAGCCCUUUUCUCCUCGCGGACGUCAUCGGGCACCUUGACUUUCGUGCUGGAUCACUAAAGAAAAGAGAAAACACACUCACGACGAGAAGAACAUAAAAGAGAAGGCGAAUCAUCUGAGGACGGCCAAGAAAUAAAAAGAGGGAGCGAACAAAGCAAAACAGAAGCAUAUCUCAGCAUUUGUCGCGGAGGGAGUGGAAUGCGACAGAGAUGGCGAUCAACGAGAUCUACCAAUACUCCCUGGUCAAUGCGCUGAUGUCGGGCGUCUCGGACAGCGGAAUCACCGUCACGCAGCUCCUCGAGAAGGGGAACCAAGGGCUGGGCACCUUCGUGCGCAUGGACGGCGAGCUGCUCCUGCUAGACGGCACGGUCUACCAGCUCCAAGCCGAGGGCAAAAUCCGCGUGGCGUCCCCCGAUGACCAGAUCCCCUACGCUGCGGCGACGCAUUUCCGCUCGCAGAGGACGCUGGCGUCCAUCAAGCUCGAGACCAAGGACUCGGUCGACCAGGUCCUAGAACAGUUCAACGACCACGCCAGCAAUCUGUUCAUGUCGUACCGGGUCGAGGGCGUGUUCCAGCGCAUCAAGUGCCGCACCGUCAAGGGCCAGGAGUACGACGGCCAGCCGCUGAGCGAGCUGGGAAAGAAGCAAUUCGUCGCAGAGUAUCACGACGUCGAGGGCACGAUUGUGGGAUUCCGCUCGCCAGCUGCGUGGCAGGGCUUCUUUGUCGCCGGCGAGCACAUGCACUUCAUUGACAAGGAUAAGAAGAUCGGAGGACACGUUCUCGAACUGCACGCAGACGAGGUGAACAUGGGCAUUGCCACUGUGAACAAUGUCCACAUUGAACUGCCCACCUCUGACAAAUUCAAUUCGGCUGUCAUGUCGACAGACAAUGUGGGAUUGAAAUCUGUGGAAGGGUGACUACCUAAUCACUACGCGAGCCAGACUGUAAAUUUGAAGCAUCCAUACCUGUUGAUUCCACAGCGACCGACCAACGACAAAAUUCUCGAGCUAACCCUCCAAUAGCCUCCAUCUGCUACCAUAAAACCCCUCGAAAAGUAAAAGGAAAGACGGUAGCAAAACGAGC